AUGACAUUCAUCAAGAAAAAUGAAAGCAAGAAUGAAGUAGCUCAGAAGGUGCGAGAGGCGCAACCCGACCUUUUUCCUGACCCAUUCAGCAAAGAGCCUCUGAGUCUGGACUGUCAAUCUAUAGCAUUGAGAAACCCACAUCCGCCGGAACCGUCAGCUUCAGCAAAUGAAAUUAAAGUGAAAGACACAGAAGGUGUCAUCAAAAUGAAACGGAGUUCAUCGCCUGGGAAUCAACUGCCCAACAAGAAGAGGGUAGUAUUGGGGAAAUCUUGCUUAUCAAAAAGUGCACUUUGCUCCCAAUUACCUGGAGCCCUAGAUCAAGGUGCUAUCAGAGUCGAUGGCAAGGUAAAAAGAAAGGCGAGUCUCUCCUACACAGAUCAAGUUAUCAAAAUAAAAGCCCCAAAGCAUCUGGAUCUCACAAGAUACACUAAAGGAAAGGAUGAUCAUCAGUUCAGGGAGGCGUCCAAGGAAGCAAAUCUUCGGCCUUUUGAUUCAACUUGUUCUGAACGCGGUACUACUAGUGGUAUUGUGAAGGUAGAGGUAGAAGACCGAAAGCCAUUCCACAACCGUCAGAAAUCGGACACUGCCCCUCAAAGCAAGCCAAAUCCAACGACUGCUCCUUCAAUCAACCCCUCAGAGUCCGCUCCCCACAUCACCCAGCAAGCAUCACAGCAAGAACGACUUGUGUCACUGACUCCCGAGGACACCACACAGCCUUAA